UAUCAAAUCUGCAAGUCGUCGCUAUUUGAACUUGUAUCUGCAUUAACUGCAAUUUUUGAGAUAUGUGGACCCUACUUGGUGGAGAGCUACGAGCACUGAGACAACCAGAAGACAUCGCGGCAGUUUACUUCCUUUGCCUUUGGCUUCUCAUGAUUGUGCACUACUACAUGCACUACUACUUUGGUGAACCAACGUUCAGAAGAAUGCUGGAUUUAGGGGAUGGUCAACAGUUUGACGUCAUGUUCCAAAUGAAUUAAUAAUGAUUUCAUAAUAAAUCAUUCCGAAG